AUGAAUCUGCAGUUCAACUGGGACCGUCUCGACGUCACGGCUGCCGAGGCGAUUCGGGCACUAGUAAAUGCUAGAUUGGAAGAGAAGGUUCGGCAACACACCACACUCGCAGAGGGGGUUGACUCUCCCUCAGGCAGCGGCUCCACUCGAGCCGAAUCUCUUCGCGUUACAGGGAUUGAGUGGGGCAUUGUGUCUCCAUUCAUUGAGAUUGUAGAACUCAACGACGCGCAAGACUUUAGCAAGGCGAGCUCCACUUCACAUGACCCCGUUCACGGCCGCCAGGAAGCGGCGUCGCACUCCACUCCCUUCCAUCUCUCGCCCUCAGUUUGCUCGCAGCACGGUGGCGAAUGUGGAAGUGAAGUGGACUCGUUGGCGGGUGGGUGCAUUCCUUCGUCUGUAGCGAAGCGAAUGUCUGGAGCAUGGAUGGGUGGUAAUCAUUCACAAAUCAACUCACCCCCUGCUUCAUCUAAAGAUGUGCUUGCCCCCUUCAUUGGCCCAAGGGGACUUUACGUUUCUUUGCAUGUUACAUAUGGUGGGUCAUUGCGAUUGCUGUUGUCAUGUGUGUUGCGUCACGACAUUCCUCUGGGCCCUAUUAGUCUUCCUGUGCGCAUGCCGAUAACUCUUCUUUUCUCAAAGAUGGAUAUGGACUUUUAUCUAUCAAUCAAUCUUCACCACAACAACUGCCGUCUCUGGAUGGAACCAGGGAAGCUCUCGACCUCACCCAUAACGCGAAUGAGCAUCAAGGCCGUGUUUGGAGAGCGACAAGCAUACGCGUCGAGUUUACCGGAUCACUCGGAUGGGGUUUCACCGGUGGGCGAAGACGUGGACGCAUCCGACGCAUGGACGCAGGUAGCAAGCAGCCAUCUCGGCUCGGAGGAAGAAGAUGCUGUGUUCAUGGAGGAGAGUGUCAUCUCGCAAUUCGUUUUAAGCGAAAUUCGCGCAAUUCUACAGGAGAAACUCAUUUAUCCUCAUUUUGUGGAUGUCCCUCUGUUUUUGUGA